AUGAAUGAUGGCAAUCAACACAGAUACCUCCCGAGAUUGUUUAAUUUUAAAAGGAGUUAUAGAUUAAUCAUCAAAUCAUCGUGUAAAAAGUUAGAAAUGGUAAAACAAACAAUUCAGAUUUAUUUACGUCUUCGACCGUCAAAUUAUCAAAAACAUAUCUCUAAAUAUAGUUUAGAUGUUAGUGGUCAUUAUCAACAUGAACAAGAGAAACAGCCAAAACUGAAGCCUAAAAAGUCUAAAAUCAUUUUUGAAUGUGCUCGUGAUACCCAACAAGAUGGAGUAAUAUGUAAUAGAAAAGAAUUUCAUAACUUUCAAUUCGAUACCAUUUUUGAUACAAUAACUGGUCAAGAUCAAGUGUUCAAUGCUGUCGCCAAACCUGUAAUAGAAAAGACUCUUUUAGGUUAUAAUGGAACUAUAUUUGCAUAUGGUCAAACUGGUAGUGGGAAAACGUAUACAAUCACUGGAGGUACAGAGAAAUACUCAGAAAGAGGUAUUAUACCUAGAACUAUUGCAUAUCUGUUUGAUCAUUUUGAGAAGAAUUUAGGAAGUGAAUUCACCUUAAAAAUAUCCUAUAUGGAGAUUUACAAUGAGGUUGGUUAUGAUUUACUAGAUUCACGACAUAAUAUCACAUCGAAACUGGAAGAUUUACCAAGAGUAACGCUCUUUGAACACACAGAAGCUGGAACAGUACACUUGAAAAAUUUAUCGAUUCAUUCAGCUUCGAAUACUGAUGAAGCAUUGAAUUUAUUAUUUAUGGGUGAUACAAAUCGAAUUAUUGCAGAGACACCAAUGAAUGAGGCUUCAACUCGAUCUCAUUGCAUUUUCACUAUACAUAUUACAUCACGACCAUAUGGUUCAUCGAUUAUACGACGUUCAAAAUUGCAUCUUGUUGAUUUGGCUGGUUCAGAAAGGGUUUAUAAAUAUGGUCUAGAUGGUACUUUGUUGACAGAAGCAAAGUAUAUUAAUCUGUCGCUACACUAUUUAGAACAGGUUAUCAUAGCAUUGGCUGAGAAACAACGUACACAUGUCCCUUACCGCAACAGUAUGAUGACAAUGAUGCUACGUGAUAGUCUAGGAGGGAAUUGUAUGACGUCAAUGAUAGCCACUUGUAGUAUUGAGCAACAGAACCUACAGGAGACACUAUCAACUUGUCGUUUUGCACAACGUGUUGCUUUAAUCAAAAACGAGAUUACUUUGAAUGAAGAACAAGAUCCCUAUUUAACUAUUAAUCACUUAAAGUCUGAAAUUGAACAUUUAAAAGCUCAGUUAGCUUUAGUCACAGGAACUGAAAAAGAUGUCAUACUAAGUACUGAUGACAAAGAAAGAUGUGAAAAAUUAGUUCAGGAGUUUCUAACUACCCCGCCGACAAGUGAUGAAUAUAAAACUAUACUUUCUCCUGUCCUGUCAAAUAUUCAUAUGAUCAAUUUAGGCUUCUCACUUAUUCAUGCAUUAUAUUGGAAGAAUAUCCAGAAGCAUGAAUCAGUUAAAACACCAACUAAACAAGUUAUUGUACCACCACUGCCAAAUACAACUAAGGAAGCGAAUCAGUUACGUGAAAUUUUAGCUCAAAGAGAUCAUGAAAUUCGCGUUUUAGUCAACUUAUUAAAACAAGAAAAGCAAGGAAGAAAGCCAGGAAUGAAAGAGUAUAGUUAUUCCAAAAUGUCUUGGUAG